AUGGAAACCUUUAAGUUUCAUAAUCUUGUCCAGGGUAAUGAACAAACUAUAGACCAGUAUCUGACUGACUUAAAGAAACAAGCAAGAUUAUGUGAAUUUAAAUGCACUAAUACAACCUGUGGUGAAACUUAUGAAGACAUGAUGAUCCGUGAUCAGCUAAUAAUUGGAUUAAAAUGUAAGGAAAGUCAACUCCGACUCCUUAGAGAACAGACUCUUACUACCGAAAAAAUCCUUGAAUAUUGUAGUAAGAGUAUUGAGCUAAGCAAAGAGCAUAUAAAAGUUCUUACCAAAGAAGAAGAUGUCGACUUUGUCAAGCAGUACAAACCAUUGAAAAAGUUAUUGUGUAAGAAGUGCCAUUAUAAACAUUUUUCUAACAGAUGUCCUGCGUUUAACAAGACUUGUGUUAUUUGUCAAGUUAAGGGCCAUUUUGCAAAAGCCUGUCCUGAUAGAAGUGAAGAAACAUGUGAAGGUAAUAGUAACAAGAACUCUUAUUCACCUAGAGGAGAAAGAGCUGUUAAUACAGUCCAGGAGGAAGAAAAAGACAAUUUGAUAUAUAAGUGGCAUAAUAUCAAAGAAGGACAUAUGUGUAAAAAAUAA